AUGGCGGGUGGUUUGAGGCGGCCAUUGACGCUUUUCAAAUUCCUGCUCAACAAGUUCGUUUCCAAACCUUUUCGUCUUCUCACCAAAUCCAAUUCCAACUCGCAUCGUAAUGAUCUUCUCUACUAUUCGCCUACCGAAGUUCUCAGGGAUUUCAAAGAGAUCAAAUCUCUGCGUCUUGAGCUUCCUAGCCAUGGCGGCGAGUUGGGUUUGAAUAAACCGGAUAGUGAUCUGUCAUUGCUCAAAUGGAAUGCCCAAUUCGGUAGCAAGCUCAGGAGCUGCACGAUUCUUGGAGCGAAUUCUCUGGAAAGAAAACCCAAUUCCCAGAUUAACAAACAGAGCAAAGGACACGAAGAAAAUGAUGGUGAAAUUCAAUCUUUACUGGACGAUGAGGAGCUCAAAUUGAGAAUCGUUUGGAUGGUUUCGUCGCUAAUCGCUGCGUCUGCGAGACACCAUUUGUUGAAACAGGUGGUUGCGGGUUUUCCCACUCUUUCCGAUGUAGUGAUCGCUGAUGGGAACAAGCAAGGUAAGCUUUCCAUGAGUGAAGAACAAUUGGGUGAGUUGAGAAGCUCUUUGGACUCGUCCAUGGUGUCUGAGUCGUCAUCGUUGGAGAGAAGUAUGAUUCCAGAUUUGAGCAUGAAGCUUUGGUAUGCGCCUGUAUUGGAGUUGCCUGGUUCUGGGUUUGUGAUGAAAGGAGCUACACUGAUCUCGAUCAAGCCCCUUGAUGUUGAAAAGAAAGGGAACGACCAUGGUGAUCAGUUGGAAGUUUCAGGUUUCCAUGAUGAAGAGGAUGAAGAACAGAGAGGUUUAUUUGGUGAAGCUGUGAAAGAGUUAAUGAAGAUGAAGAAGACCUAUGUUAUGGAAAUGACUUCCUUUUGA